GAGGAGACAGUAGCGGAGGAAGCUAGGAAGCAAGCAAGGAAAGGAGGAAGGAAGGAAGGAGAUGCUGCGGAGGAAGAAGAUGUUUUUCAAUCCAUAUUUGGACAAACUGCCAAUCAUCAUCUUCAUCAUCGUCACGGUGACGUCAUGGGCGAGCGCAGGUAAAAUGGAGAGCAACUAAGUCAGCGUGUCUGCCUUUAUCUCGUUAUUUCAUGAAGAGGAACUAAGUCAUUGUUUCAUGAAGAAGGAAGGACUAAGUCAUUAUCUCGUGGCGGGGAACUAAGUCAUUAUUUCAUGAGGAAGGACUAAGUCAUUGUUUCAUGAGGAAGGAUGGACUAAGUCAUUGUUUCAUGAAGAAGGAAGGACUAAGUCAUUAUCUUGUGACGGGGAACUAAGUCAUUGUUUCAUGAAGAACGAAAGACUAAGUCACUGUUUCAUGAGGAAGGACUAAGUCAUUAUCGCGUGACGAUUAACGAAGUCAUUAUUUCAUGAAGAAGGAACUAAGUCAUUAUUUCAUGAGGACGGACUAAGUCAUUGUUUGACGACGAGGAACUCAGUCAUUAUUUCAUGAGCAAGGAAGGACUAAGUCAUUAUUUGAUGAGGACGGACUAAGUCCUUAUUCGAUGAAGAGGAAGCCAGUGGGAGGCAACUGCCAGAAGAAAUGCGGGUCCUAGGUGCCUUAGUCUGUCACCAGCAGGACCAUGGCGAUUCAUUGGCCACUGAGAAAAGAAGGAUGCUUGCAAGGCUCCGUCUCCACUGCUAGAUGCUCCGCAUCCUCCUUCAAGCUUCUAUGGUUGCCGUGGAUCUUCUUUUGGCUGCUCUGGCCCAUCCGAGCUGAACAAGUGGUCAGCGGCGGACAUGCGGGCUCGUCCUCGUCCUCGUCCUCGUCUCCCUCCAGCUCGUCAGCGGGGUUCGGCAGCAGGCCCAGCGGGGGUCAGCUGGACUGGCUGCUGUCAGAAAAAGGACCUUUCCAGCGAUGCUCCGAGUACACCGAGUUCACCGAGAGGUUCCAGCAGGGAUUUUCUACCAGAUACAAGAUUUACAGGGAGUUCAGCCACUGGAAGGUGAACAGCUUGGCCACAGAAAAGCGGGACCUCUUCAAAGCGUCUUUACCUUUAGCACCAGAGUUUUUACGCAACCUGCGGUUGCUGGGGCGACGGCCAACCUUACAGCUGAUCAACGAAAACCUCAUCAAGAAGUACGGGACUCACUUUCUGGCGUCGGCUACUCUCGGAGGGGAGGAGUCUCUGACCAUCUUCUUGGACAAACAGAAGCUGAACAAGAAGUGGGAAGGCAACAACAACAACAACAACAACAGCAGCAGUAAUGUGGUUUCUCUGGAGCUGCUGCACCAGUUAGCUGCUUCAUACUUCACAGAUCGAGAAAGCACACUUAGGAGACUCCAUCACCUCCAGAUCGCCACUGCAGCUAUCAAGGUAACAGAGACGAGGACGGGCCCUCUCGGGUGCAGUAACUAUGACAGCUUGGACUCUGUUAGUUCAGUGUUGGUGCACAGUCCGGAAAACAAGAUCCACCUAAGAGGUUUGCAGGAUGUCCUGCCAGAGUUCCUGCGAACUCGCUUCGUGGAGGCGGCCCUGAGCUACGUGGCGUGCAACUCGGAGGGUGACUUCCUGUGCCGCAACAACGACUGCUGGUGUCGAUGCGCUCCCGGCUACCCACAAUGCAACUGUCCCUUGGCAGACAUCAGUGUCAUGGAGGACAACCUGCAGCAAAGCAAACACGCCUGGAACACUUUCAACCAGGACUUUAUGGACUCAGAUGAAUUCAAAGGCUUCCUGAAGCGCUUGCCGGCCGACAGGUUCUUGAAUGUCUCCACCGUGGCCAAACACUGGUCUGCAGACGUGUCCCUCCAGAAGCGCUACGCCCAGCUGCGGUCCGGUGCGGCUCUGCUUCAGGCCAAAGCUCAGAAGAUCGUCAGGAAGUUGUUCACGCUAAGCAAAAGAUGUCCCAAGCAACCUCGCGUCAGUCUGCCUCGGGAAAGGCCGCUCGCCUUUUGGUUGACUCGGGCUCAGGCCUUGCUCUACUGCAACGAGCAUGGAGUCCUGGGCUUCUUCUCGGAGGAAAUCCGGAGCUGCAGCUGUCCUGUGGACCAGCCCCCCUGCCAGGGUGUCAUUCCCUGUGUCGUCGGCACCUCUUCCGUCUCCUGUUCAUCGUGUGCCGCCGACAACGCCACCCGCUGUGGAUCCUGCCACCACGGCAACCUCUUACACCUGGGUUCCUGUCGACCAAGCGUCGCCUCGUCCCUGGACCACUAUUUGAACCUGGAUCUGGACAUGCCGGACGCUGAGGCCAAGAACCUGCUCCAGCAGCUGGACAGCAGGAUAGAGGUCCACGCCAUCUACAUCAGCAAUGAUGUGCGCCUGGGAAGUUGGUUCAACCCUGCCUGGAGAAAGAGGAUGCUGCUCACGCUCAAGAGUAAUAAAAACAAAUCCAAUCUCAUCCACAUGCUGAUGGCCAUUACUUUCCAGAUCUGCUCAACUAAGAACUCCACAUUGGAACCCGUGCCUGCAAUUUACGUGAACCCUUUUGGGGGGAGUCACUCGGAGAGUUGGUUCAUGCCAGUGAACCGGCCGGACUUCCCGGACUGGGAGAGGACUCGACUGGACUCUGCAGCGGCUGCACAAUGCUACAACUGGACACUGUCGCUGGGGAACCGGUGGAAGUCCUUCUUUGAAACUGUCCACAUCUACCUGCGAAGCCGUAUCGUCACAGACGAUCCGACAGUGAACGAAACACUCUUCUAUGAACCUUUGGACAUGGAGGAUCAGACAUCCAACCUGGGCUAUAUGAAGAUCAACACGCUAAAAGUGUUUGGAUACAGCAUGCACUUUGACCCUGAGGGCAUCAAGGACUUAAUCCUCCAGUUGGACUACCCAUACACACAAGGUACACAGGAAGCCGCCUUCUUGAUGUUGUUGGAGAUGAGGGAUCGCAUUAAUAGGUUAACGCCACCAGCACCUCAGUCGCUGGACCUUUUUUCUUGUCUGCUUCGGCAUCGACUCAAGCUGUCAGCUGGCGAGGUGGCACGCAUCAAGGAGGCCCUCCAGAUCUUUAACUCCAAGCUCCCAGAUGCCUCCCCUCAACCUGAGCUGGCCCAGCUGUGCAGCUAGCAAGCUGGCAUUGUGCUCAGGAUAGGUCCAAGGAUGUAUGGAUGAUCUUGCCAUGGUCUACAGUCAACGUCUCUUGAGUGGGUUUCCUUUGGCGUUUGUACCGUGACGACUGUCAUGCCUGAGGAUGAAAAAUCGGUUGACUUCCAGACCACGGGGCUGUAUUGAGACACUGAACACGCUGGAAGUAAACUUUUGCUCUACCUGUCUUGCUUUUGGCAAAGUCACAGGAAACACUUAAGGCCCCUGGCUCGCAAAGAGAAAAGUCAUUUUGAUAUGGAAGGUCCGACUCUUGAGGGACCAACACAAACAUAAUGUCAAAUGGGGUCAGAAGCUGUUUUUUUUGCUUUCAAAACUAUCCUGAGAAUGAGUGAAGGGUGGAAAUAAUUCAAUGUGCAUUGGAUGGUGUCACGUUAUGCUUUGCAGUUCCAAUGUUUAACCUUUUUCCGCACCCAACAUCAUCACUAAGAACUAAGAACCCUUUUGCCCGGGUAAAAGAAGUCCUGUAAUCUGUGUGCUUCGCACUUCCACUGCCACUCAAAGUCUUUCUUUUUUUAAUCUCGGGGUCAUUUAUUCAAAUCCUGCGGAUGCCACACGGGGGGGGGGGGGGUGAAACAUGGCUACAUGAGUUACAUAGGAUGAGGGUCUGGUGAGUCCAUUUAGAUGUCAAUAACGACAAUUAAAGAAUGAACGCCUUGACAACACACCUCCAUCCAAUUCCUUUAGCUUUACCGCUCAGCAUUAGCAGCUACAGCUACACGUUUCUUCUAACGCUGCUUAGGAUUCUGUAAACGCGCCCACGUUCAUUUGCGGACUCGGGUUCGGGUUCGCCAGCUCAAAAUCCCAUUGGAAAAUGUCCCUUGCAAAUACUCUCAUUUUAUUGUCUUCCCUUUGUUAGCGAUAUUUUCCAAGUAAUAGAAAAGGAAGAUGGUAAAAAUGAAAGAAACACGUUUACAGUCUAUCUUAAACUUGGUGUGUGUUCCUCCGAGAGGCCUUUUCAGCUAGCAGCCCACUUCUCUAAACUUCUUGUAAAAGAAAAAGAGCCACCUCCUGAGGUCGAGGUACUUUUUCUGCGUUUAGUUGGGUUUCUUCAAGCACGCACAGAGGCUGACGUUGACAUUCCCCUUUUGUUACAAGCCACACGUCCACGUCGGAACAGGAACAGGACAAAACGGAGUUUAUUUAAUCCUAUUCUUGUUAUCACGACAGUCCCAAAUAGGGUUUUUUCCACUUCCUGUAUUGCUGCACACAAAAGGCUAGCGACAUCAGACCCUGGCGAGGCCCCGGAGUGAAGCCAGAAUGUUCUUGAUAAUAAUUAUUUUUUAGGCCACAAACAACCAGAAUUCUUUUGACGCCCGAGCGCCAGCUCGGACGUCCAAAGCCCACAAAGAUGUUUGAUCCUUCCAGAUGCCAACAAUUGGACUUCAACAAAGAUGCUGUUUCACUCAGACAAGAUGUUAGCUUGAUUUACCCACGUCAGAAAUGUUUUUUUUUAAAUGCCAGGGGUUUCAUUUAUUAAGAUCUGCAUGGAUUUCUUUACUAAAAAGUUUUGUACACUUAAAUCCAGAAAACAUACCAAAAACAUUCCAAUGUAUUCAAGUGUGCACAUUUCUUUUGUCAACGUGGAAGUGAGCACGCAUGUUGGCGUGCACCACAUCCAUCCAUCCAUUUUCUUCUGCUUAUCUGAGGUCGGGUCGCGGGCUUCCCUCUCCCCAGCCACUUGGUCCAGCUCCUCCCCGGGGAUCCCGAGGCGUUCCCAGGCCAGCCGGGAGACAUAGUCUUCCCAACGUGUCCUGGGUCUUCCUCUUGGCCUCCUGCCGGUCGGAUGAGCAGAUGUCCGAACCACCUCAUCUGGCUCUUAAAGCAGCUUUACUUUGAGCUCCUCCCGGAUGACAGAGCUUCUCACCCUAUCUCUAAGGGAGAGCCCCGUUUGGGCCGCUUGUACCCGUGAUCUUGUCCUUUCGGUCAUGACCCAAAGAUCAUGACCAUAGGUGAGGAUGGGAACGUAGAUCGACCGGUAAAUUGAGAGCUUUGCCUUCUGGCUCAGCUCCUUCUUCACCACAACGGAUCAAUACAGCGUCCGCAUUACUGAAGACGCCGCACCGAUCCGCCUGUCGAUCUCACCAUCCACUCUUCCCUCACUCAUGAACAAGACUCCGAGGUACUAGAGUUGCUCCACUUGGGGCAAGAUCUCCUCCCCAACCCGGAGAUGGCACUCUAACCACAUAUGAUCUGUAAAAUCCAUCCAUCCAUUUUCUACCGCUUGUCCCUUAGAGGGUUGCGAGUAUCUGUAAAAUGGAUCCAAUGACAAUGUUUUCUGUUGGCGUAUACAUAUUGAUCAUGCGAUGGCCAGCAGUCAAUAACUCUCAUUACAUUGGUUAACCCUAACUGUCUGGUUCAAACACCCACCUAUCUAUUAAACAGGAUAAGAAGCAAAGAAUCAAACAGAAACAGGAUUCAAUUUAGCUCAUGAGGAGAGUGCGUCGACCUGCACCCUCAUACAGCGUCGUCCCACGCUCUGACGAAAGGGCUCCACGCCGCCUCCUUUAUUUGGGCCUUUUCUGAUUACAUAGCUGCAGCUGUUUCUAAGGGGAGGGGGGUCAUAAACAGCUCCCGCACUCGGUCAUAAUCAGUUCAAAGAAAAGGUGCUUGGAGCGGUGUCAGGUUUUCCCCCUCUCUGCUUUGUAGACUUCAGGUCAUGACAACGUCUUCCCGUGGUUGUCCGAUUGGUCAAAGAAAGCGACACCUCCACCUCGCACAGUGGAGUUUUAAAAACUCAGUGGAGUUUUAAAAGCGGUAGGCUUUUUGCUUGAUAAGAUCAAAGAGAGCUUUUGUCUUCUCGCAGGUGACCUGAAGUCAUGGGAACACAAAGUUGUGUGAAACCUUAUAUACAAUUAUUCUGACACCAACCCUGUUGCUUUAAAGUUGGCCCUUUGGGCUGCCUUGUGCGGGAACUUGGUACACCUGGCUAACGUGCCGAUCAUUUCAGGGGGGUUUUGCCUGUGCUAAUUGUUGGUAUGUCUCUGGUGUGCACACCCAUCAUUCUGAGGAGUAAUUGUUGGACAUUUCUUACCAAGCAUCAGGUGGGUGUCACAUUUCCACAUUUACUUCACCCUUGAGACAUCUCAACUUUACCGUGAAAAAGAGCACAGUCCAGGUUUUUGUGUGCAUCCAUCCAUCCAUCCAUCCAUCAUCUUCCGCUUAUCCGAGGUCGGGUCGCGGGGGCAGCAGCCUAAGCAGGGAAGCCCAGACUUCCCUCUCCCCAGCCACUUCGUCUAGCUCUUCCCGGGGGAUCCCGAGGCGUUCCCAGGCCAGCCGGGAGACAUAGUCUUUCCAACGUGUCCUGGGUCUUCCCCGUGGCCUCCUACCAGCUGGACGUGCCCUAAACACCUCCCUAGGGAGGCGUUCGGGUGGCAUCCUGACCAGAUGCCCGAACCACCUCAUCUGGCUCCUCUCGAUGUGGAGGAGCAGCGGCUUUACGUUGAGCUCCUCCCGGAUGGCAGAGCUUCUCACCCUAUCUCUAAGGGAGAGCCCCGCCACCCGGCGGAGGAAACUCAUUUCGGCCGCUUGUACCCGUGAUCUUAUCCUUUCGGUCAUGACCCAAAGCUCAUGACCAUAGGUGAGGAUGGGAACGUAGAUCGACCGGUAAAUUGAGAGCUUUGCCUUCCGGCUCAGCUCCUUCUUCACCACAACGGAUCGAUACAACGUCCGCAUUACUGAAGACGCCGCACCGAUCCGCCUGUCGAUCUCACGAUCCACUCUUCCCCCACUCGUGAACAAGACUCCUAGGUACUUGAACUCCUCCACUUGGGGCAGGGUCUCCUCCCAACCCGGAGAUGGCACUCCACCGUUUUCCGGCGAGAACCAUGGACUCGGACUUGGAGGUGCUGAUUCUCAUUCCGGUCGCUUCACACUCGGCUGCGAACCGAUCCAGUGAGAGCUGAAGAUCCCGGCCAGAUGAAGCCAUCAGGACUACAUCAUCUGCACUCCCUCCUAAUACUUGGGGCACCCGGGGCCGCUUUUUGGAUUCGAGCAUACAGCAUUUUUUAGGAGGAAAUCCAUAAAGGUCUUAAUCCUUGAGGCCCCUGAUCUUCAAAUUCCUGUGUUGGAAAAUAUCCAUUUGUACAUGUCAUCAGGGUUAGGGUUAUUUCAACAAUGAUAGGGUUAGGGUUAGGAUUAGGGUCAUUCCAAUGGUACUUGCAUCUCUGUUGCAUAAGAAGCCUGCUAGUGAUGCCGUGUACUUGGUGGUCUGUCUUUACCAAAAAAAAAAAAAAAGGAACUGGCAGCACAAAUACCGAAAAAGCUUAAAUGUUUGUUUAUGCUUUUUUAUUUUUCUCUCUUGAGGUGAACCACCCUGCCGAAAAAAUAACACAAUCUGAGUUGUAGACAAAAAAGAUUUGCAGGUGCUGUACAUAAUGCUCCAUCUAACCCAAAUUGUGGAAAUGUGCACAUUGCUUUUUAAAUAACCAAGCGCCCCCCCCCCCCCCUUUUUACCUUACCACCACAAAAAAAAAAAGAUUUAAAUACAACUAUAACAACUCAUGCCUUAUAAGGAUUCUGUGUUGUAUUAAAAGUUGCUGUUUGAUUUUCCGGAAGGUGACGUGUUGCUUUUAAUAUUGACAUUUUAAUAUUUGCCACCACGACACUAUGUCACAUGGAGGUACUUGAAAGUACAAAUACACAGUAAAAGUACUUGAAAGUACUUGAAAGUACAAAUACAUAGUGGAAGUACUUGGAAGUACUUGAAAGUACAAAUACAUAGUGGAAGUACUUGGUAGUACAAAUACAUAGUGGAAGUACUUGGAAGUACUUGAAAGUACAAAUACAUAGUGGAAGUACUUGGAAGUACUUGAAAGUACAAAUACAUAGUGGAAGUACUUGGGAGUACUUGAAAGUACAAAUACAUAGUGGAAGUACUUGGAAGUACUUGAAAGUACAAAUACAUAGUGGAAGUACUUGAAAGUACAAAUACAUAGUGGAAGUACUUGAAAGUACUUGAAAGUACAAAUACAUAGUGGAAGUACUUGAAAGUACUUGAAAGUACAAAUACAUAGUGGAAGUACUUGGAAGUACUUGAAAGUACAAAUACAUAGGGGAAGUACUUGGAAGUACUUGAAAGUACAAAUACAUAGUGGAAGUACUUGGAAGUACUUGAAAGUACAAAUACAUAGUGGAAGUACUUGGAAGUACUUGAAAGUACAAAUACAUAGGGGAAGUACUCGGAAGUACUUGAAAGUACAAAUACAUAGUGGAAGUACUUGGAAGUACUUGAAAGUACAAAUACAUAGUGGAAGUACUUGAAAGUACUUGAAAGUACAAAUACAUAGUGGAAGUACUCGGAAGUACUUGAAAGUACAAAUACAUAGUGGAAGUACUUGAAAGUACUUGAAAGUACAAAUACAUAGUGGAAGUACUUGGAAGUACUUGAAAGUACAAAUACAUAGUGGAAGUACUUGGAAGUACUUGAAAGUACAAAUACAUAGGGGAAGUACUCGGAAGUACUUGAAUGUACAAAUACAUAGUGGAAGUACUUGGAAGUACUUGAAAGUACAAAUACAUAGUGGAAGUACUCGGAAGUACUUGAAAGUACAAAUACAUAGUGGAAGUACUUGGAAGUACUUGAAAGUACAAAUACAUAGUGGAAGUACUUGGGAGUACAAAUACACAGUGGAAGUACUUGGGAGUACAAAUACACAGUGGAAGUACUUGCAAGUCCAAGGAUCCUCAGGCUGCAUUUGGAGAGGACAAGAGCAAGCGACAUAAUGGAAUUUUUAGUGUGGGACACUGUUGGUCACUCUGAGAGCUUCCGUACAAAAUCCAGAGAUUGCACCACAUAUUUUAUAUUUCUUUCAUUCCUCAAAUAUUCCAUAAACUUAUGUGUCCGUCAUUUCCAGAUGUCAAAUCUGUUUUCAGCUUGCUUGAGUAAAGAUCUAAGUGACUUA